CAGUAAGCCAUACUAAUAUGACACGUGCCCAGCCGACUCCGUUCCGCACACCUCCGUAGCUCGAAGAAUUAAGAAAUGAUUAUUAUCUCUGCUUAAAAGAAGAUUUUAUUGAUACAAUACUUUUAAAAUGAAGGAAUUUUUACAGAAACGUACCAGAACGAAAAAAGCAUGUCUUGUUUGUCAUAGGAAAAAACGAAAGUGCAGUGGUACGUUUCCUUGUUCAUACUGCCAGAAACUCCGUCAUAAAUGUCAGUAUGAACCUGGUGUAAUAAAAAACAACGAACAUCCGACUCAGAAUAGUCAACUAGAGACUGAAUAUCUUGAUAAGCAAUCACUGAAACCAGACAAUUCAAGUAGUAUCUCGUCGAAGCAUACGAUGACGAAUAGGGACUUUUGUGUUCCAAAAAAUAAUGAAAAUAAUUACAAUUUAAGUAAAGAAGAAAGUAAAAAGCCAGUUUGUUUCGCGGAUAUCAUUGGUGAUAGACUGGGUGUUGCUUCGACGAUAUAUAAUAAGCCAUAUGCCUGGAACUUGGGUAGCCGCAUUUACUCAAAAAGGAGUGAAGUUAUAAACAUUAAAGACAUCUUGUCUCAAGACGAUUGCCGUUUUUACGCUUCCAUAUAUUUCGAGGAUGUAAAUCCUAUCUUCGGAUUAUUAGAUGCAACUAGCUUUUUUUCAAAACUAAAAUCAACUUGGAGCACAGAUAUGGAAGAAGAAUUUGAGGCCUUAGUAUGUAUUAUCAUUUUGCUUGGUUCGUAUUUUUCCCAUACCAAUUCCUUGGCAAAUGAACUCGAAUUUGUGCUUAUUGAGCUCACUGAAAACCUGUUGAAAUCAGGCAGUUUUCCGAUGGCUAUAGCUCCCACAAUAACUAAAAUUGUUAUUUUUGUACUUAAAAGUGUGUAUUUGCGAAAUAUCGCUGACCCAGCUGAUGCUUGGUUAGCCUCUUGUACUUCAAUGCAUCUUGUUGAAAUAUUUUGCGCAAAUAUCGAUUUAUGGGAAAAUCAGAAAAAUUAUAAUGAUACUGAACACACUAAUAACAAAAGUCAAUCAUAUUUACCUUUGUACAACGUUAUUAUGGUUUCCGAGGCGUUUCAUAAAUUUCUUGCUAUGGAAAUCGGAAGUACCCCUAUAAGGCCUUCAAGAUUGAAUUCUGGAUUAUUUUUUGACAGUGAAAAUUUACAAUUUCAAGGGAACCACCUUGUGCAGUUAGUUAAGGCUUUACCUCAAGGCGAAGAAACCAUUGAAAAGUCUCAGAUAACUAUGGUGGAAACAGUACUAAAAAUUUCUCAAUUAUCGCAGGAGCAGCCCAACCUGAUAGCACUCUUAAAAGGAUCCAUUUCUUUUCAUAUGUAUCGGAAGCUUAUUCUGACCGGUUUCCAUUUAGAUGAAAGUACAAUUGAAAUGAUCUUGAAGAUAACUGAUGAAGCAUUAAAUAAAUGUCUUAUUUUAUGCGACAAAGGAAUAGGUUGGUGGAAUGUUUUAGACGUCCCGUUUCAUGGAGUCUGUGUUCUUUUGUCAAUGGAUACGAGAGAAAGUUUAUUAAUGAUACCAAAGGCAUACAACGUACUAAAACAGGUCGUCAGGACUUUUAAUACUGUUGCUUCAAAAAGUGCUUUACAGAUAGCAUCCGACUUAUGUUGUGCAUUACGAUAUAAAAAACUGGACGAGGCAAAUAUUUUGAGUCUUGGGGGAGACGAAGGUACGACCUCUUCUUACGAUAUGGAUUCAGCGACGUCUGAUUUACUUAUGGGAAAUCCAUUCUUUGAUUUAUUUAAUUUAGAAAUAUGAAUCAUUUCUGUUAAUUUUCUGAUAGAGUAAUUUCGCUGAUCAUAGGAAAUGCUAUCAUCUCCGAUGAAGAUGGAUAAACUAACCAAGAAGUGGUUGUAUUAUCCUUUCAAAGGUUAAAUGCUAGUUUCAAUAGAAUAUUUUCUAUUGGUAUAAGAAUGUGCUAGCGGUUGUUUAUUUAGUUUAAUUACAGUUUCGUCGAAAUCCUGAUUCGAAUAAUAUACGUAUAUAUGUAAUUCAGUUUAA